UUCAUAACUGGUGGACCAUGGAGCUUCUUGUAAAUGUAAGAAAAUGGAUAGAAGAAAACAAAGCUGCCUUUUUGCCACCUGUGUGCAAUAAGCUUAUGCAUCGCCAUCAAUUGAAUGUGAUGUUUGUUGGGGGGCCAAAUGAAAGGAAGGAUUAUCAUAUUGAAGAAGGAGAAGAGCUUUUUUACCAGGUUAAAGGAGAUAUGUGUUUGAAGAUAAUUGAAAAUGGGAAACAAAGAGACAUCGUCAUCCAAGAAGGGGAGAUGUUCCUCCUACCUGCUAGGAUACCUCAUUCUCCCCAGAGAUAUGCAAACACUGUGGGUCUUGUGAUUGAGAGAGAAAGAUUAAAGACAGAAAUUGAUGGGCUCAGAUACUAUGUUGGAGAAUCGACUAAUGUCCUCUUUGAAAAAUGGUUUCACUGUGAAGAUCUCGGCACUCAACUUAUACCAAUAAUUCAAGAGUUUUUCAAUUCAAAACAAUAUCAAACUGGAAAACCAAAUCCAGAUGAACUCCUGAAAGAAACACCUUUCCCACUAAAUUCCACUUCUGUUAUGGAGCCGUUUUCCUUCCAAGGCUGGUUAAAUGAUCAUCGUGGUGAAAUAAAACAGAAGAAAUCCUUGAGUAUGUUUGGAGAUAACUUUGAAACAGAGGUUACAGCUUAUGGACCAGGAACAACUGAGAAAAGUAAAAAGAAUUCAGAUAUCUGGAUAUGGCAGCUGGAGGGCACAUCUACUGUUACCAUGGAUGGUAGAACCCUGACUCUAUCUGCUGGUGACAGCCUGCUUGUCCGUGCCCAGUCCACGUGAGUACUGCUGGAAGAGAACAGAAGAAUGUGUUGCUCUCUGCAUUGCUCAGGAUCCAAAACGCAAGCAGCCUUAUACCUAGCUCCUGUGCCAGUUGACUUUGAUGAUAAUUAAGUUUUAACCUACAUGUCUUAUCUUAACGAACUUUUAGUCCGAAUGCUUGGAAAUUUGAAUAGUCUAACACAAUGAUUCCACUAAUUAAGUGGAGUC